CCGAAGUAUGAGGAUAAUCUUGUUAAUUUUUUUCUUAAUUAGAGCUACUUUAACCCUGGAAUAUCUAGGACACGCGGACCCGGAAGUUGUCCAAGCUGAGCAGGACAUUCCAAUACACAGACCUCGAGAGUAUAAGAAGAGAAGACUGGAGGACGGGGAUGAGCUUCUGCUCUCUCAAGUGGUCUGGCGGCACGGAGACCGAGCCCCAACCGGCACCUACCCGACGGAUCCACAUAAGGAAGAGGCUUGGCCAAAUGGAUGGGGAGAACUGACACAGCUCGGAAUGCGCCAACAAUACGCCCUGGGACGACUUUUAUACAAGAAAUAUGUGAAUUCGACGGGUCCCAGCAAACUUUUGAGCUCCUCUUACAACUCCAAAGAGGUCUACAUCCGUUCUACUGACGUAAAUCGCACGUUGGUUUCAGCUCUAGCAAAUUUGGCUGGAAUGUUUGAAAAUGGAAAUCGAGGAGCUGAUUAUCCGGACUCCAAGAGAUGGCCCACCAACUGGACCCCGAUCCCAAUUCACACUUUGGCUGAAAAAGAUGAUCCGGUUGGAAAUGUGUUUGCUCCGUGUGCUCGGGCUGAGGAGCUCACUAGACAAAUCUACGCAGGCUCCGGGUUCCAGAAGUUUGUCGCUGAAAAUCAAGAGUUUUUGGAUUUUGUCUCCGAGAAAUCCGGGAAAAAAGUGAUCAUGCCCGAGAUUUAUAUGGUCAACGAUGUGCAUUUUAUUGAGAAGCUCUACAACAUGUCCCAACCUGAAUGGAUCACUGAUGACGUGGAAAUCAAGCUCAGAAAUUUGUCGCAAGUGUCCACGAGAUUCCUCUUUGGAAUUGGAGACCCCUACAUCCCGGAGCUCAUCAGACUGAGAGGAGGCCCUCUUUUGCGUGCGAUGAUGGACAAAAUGAAUCAAAAAUUGAGCUGCUUGGCGAAAAAUAAUGAGGGAGAAGAUUGCAGCUGGAUUGGAAAACUUAAGUAUCAUGCUUAUAGUGCUCACGACACAACUGUCUACGCCUUCCUGACCACUUUUGGUGACGAGGAGCGAGUUAUCGAAGGCGGUAUGCCGCACUACACUGCCUCUGUUGCAGUGGAACUUUGGAAUUUGAAAAAUGGAGGACCAAGUGUCAGGGUUCUGUUCCACAGCGCUUUCCAUCACAACUACCACGUCAUCACCCAUCUGGCAAAGGGUUGUCCCCAUAAUUCAGAGUUCUGCCCGUUGAAAACUUUCGAGCAGCGCAGUCUUAAAUUCCUACCAGUCAACCUGCAAAAGGAGUGUGCUCCGAAGAAGUCGGCGGAGAAAAAUCGGACUUUGUGGAAGAUCAGAGAUAAUUGAUAAAGAAGCAUAAUUUGGUGAAAUAAAGUAUUUUUGAAA